AUGGCCACUGGUAUUUCAUCAACCAAUCUUUUUUACACAAAAUCUGAUGAAAUGCAUCUCGAAAUUUUCUGCCUCGUCUGGCUCGAUGCUGGUUCAAGCGCCAAAGACGGUCGUGAUACUGAACAACAAUUACGUUCCAUCAUUAAUCAUCUUAAGAAAUUUCAAGAUGUAUCCCAAUGUCAAAAGUAUAUUCAUGAACGAUCGCCAAAAGAACGAGUAGUUAUGAUUGUUAGUGGACAAUUGGGACGAGAAAUCGUUCCUUUCAUUCACAAUCUUCGACAAGUCAUAUCAAUUUAUGUCUAUUGUUUCGAUAAGAAACGUAAUGAACAAUGGGCUUGCAAAUAUGCAAAAGUAAGAGCCGUUGUGGUUGAACUUAAUGAACUCGUUUUUCGAAUUAAAGCUGAUCAUAAAAUUCAGAAAAUGGUCGAAGAGCCAUUAUCAAUUAAUAUUUUUACUAUAGGUGGCGACACAGGCAGUUCAACAACAGGUUUAAAUGGUGAAUUUGUUUUUUCACAAGUUCUGAUUGAUUGUCUUAUCCGAUUACGAUACACCGAAGCAGAUAAAAAAGAACUUAUUCAUCUUUGUAAACAACAAUAUAAAGGUAAUACUGUUGAGUUGAGUAAUGUUCGUGAAUUUCAAGACAAAUAUUCACCUGACAAGGUUUUAUGGUGGUACUCACGAGAAUCGUUUUUUUACAAAACUCUUAAUGCCGCUCUCCGUGCCCCAGCAGAUAUUCACACAAUAUUUUUGUUUCGUAACUAUAUCACUGAUAUUCAACAUCAAUUAGAAAAUCAUCAAGCUAAGGAUCCUGUUCGAGUUUAUCGAAGUCAAAUGAUAUCAACUAAUGAACUAGAAACUUUGAAGCAAUGCCGUGGUCAAUUCAUAUCCGUGAAUUCAUUUUUUUCAACCAGUAUUGAUAAACAACUAGCUCUAUCGUUUCUCAAGGUUCCUCAUGGUACAGAAAAUUUAGAAGCAGUAUUAUUUCAAAUUGAUGCCGAUCCUAGGAUGGGAAUUACAAAACCAUUUGCUGAUAUCACUGAAUAUAGUGAAUAUAAAGAUGAAGCUGAAGUGCUCUUCAUGCUUGGUUCUAUUUUUCGAUUGGACAGUGUCAAUCGAAGUAAACAUGGUCAAGUAUGGAUCAUACAGAUGACAUUGUGCAAUGAUGAUGAACAUGAUUUAAAACAAGUUCUUAUGGAUAUGAAAGAGCAAUUUGUGAGUGAAGAAACAAAUCUUCAGAAAUUAGGAAAAAUAUUAUUGGAGAUGGGAAAGCCUGAUCUGGCACAACAAUACUUUAUUCGCAUGUUAGAACAACUUUUACCCAAUGACCCUUUACGUAUUGAUUUGUAUUUGGAUCUUGGGACGCUUGAGUCAUAUGCCGGUCACUUGGACAAGAGUAUGGAAUGGCGGCAAAAAGCAAGUGCACUCAAAAAACAAAUUCAAUCUACUUCUUCUAGCGUUAGUAAACAAAAGAAUCCUAUUGUAAUUCCCAAUAUUCCAGCCGAUGCACGAUGGGCACAGAAUGGAGAAACCGUUGCUGGAGGCCACGGGCAUGGUAAUGCCACCAAUCAACUCUCGCACCCUGAAGGUCUCUUCAUUGAUGAUGAUCAAACGAUGGUCAUCGUUGACAACAAGAAUCAUCGUAUCAUCCAAUGGAAGAUGGGUGCUACGAAUGGACAAGUGGUAGCUGGUGGCAAUAGCUACGGAUAUCGAUUGGAUCAAUUGAAUGAUCCAACCGAUGUGUUGAUCGACAAAGAGACGGAUAGUCUGAUUAUUUGUGAUCGAGGAAAUCGACGAGUGGUACGAUGGUCACAUCGUAGUGGCACAACUGAAGGAGAAAUCCUCAUUGAUAACGUUCUAUGUUGGGGUUUGGCCAUGGAUGAUCAGAGAUAUCUCUACAUCUCUGAUAUCGAAAAACAUGAAGUAAGACGAUAUCAAAUAGGAGAUAAGAAUGGAACUCUUGUGGCUGGUGGUAAUGGCAUAGGUGCUGGCUUCAAUCAACUCAACAAUCCGUCGUACAUCUUUGUUGAUCGACAACAGACUGUCUACGUAUCAGACAACAACAAUCAUCGUGUGAUGAGAUGGGAUAAAGGUGCAAAAGAAGGAAUCAUCGUCGCUGGGGGUCAAGGCUCAGGAGAAUCUCUGAAAGAAUUAAGGAAUCCUAACGAACUCUUAGUUGACACAUUAGGCACCAUUUAUGUAUCAGACACUAACAACGAGCGCGUGAUGCGUUGGCCUAAAGGAGCAAAACAAGGCACUCUCAUUGCAGGUGGGAAUGGUGAUGGAGAAAAAGCAGAUCAACUCAAUAGUCCAAGAGGUUUGUCCUUCGAUCGACAGGGCAAUAUUUAUGUCGCCGACAUGAACAAUAAUCGUGUGCAACGAUUUUCUAUUAAAUAG